UGGCGUUCUCGCAGCACACGGGUCCUAUAGACCGAGACGGCCUUUGCUGAUUGGACAGGGCGCGUGUUGGACGCUCCGCCCCCGGCAGUCAGCUGUAUGGGGAGAGAGUUGAGUUGUACAGUUCCGUGUUUGGCCGGUCAGAGGGUAACUUACCGGUGAUCAGUGUACAGGGGUCUCAGGAUGGCUUUACUCCUCCUGCACCAGUUCAAGGCAUUACCUGCCGACAAGCAGAUCGAUACGGUUGGUUUCCUGGAUUCCGUGUCUCACCUGCCUGCCUUCUUCGACUGCCUUGGAUCUGCCGUCUUUUCUCCAAUCAAAGCUGAUCUUACAAAAAAUAUAACGAAAAUACGCGAAGUAUAUGAAACCAACCCUACCAAGUUCAAAACACUACAGCAGAUUUUGGAAGGAGAAAAGGAGCUGCAUGGGCCACAAUGGCCGAAAGUGGGGGCAACCCUAUCCCUUAUGUGGCUAAAGAGAGGUCUAAAAUACAUUCAGGUUUUAUUACAAAGCAUCUCUGAUGGGGAGAGAGAUGAGCAAAACCCAAACCUCAUUAAAGUUAACGUGACAAAAGCCUAUGAGAUUGCACUUAAGAAAUACCACGGCUGGUUGGUGCAAAAACUAUUCCAGACUGCACUCCUCGCUGCUCCAUAUAAAGAUGAUUUCCUCAAAGCUCUCUCAAAAGGACAAAACGUAAGAGAGGAACAAUGUAUAGAGAAGAUCCGUCAGUUCCUGACCAAUUUCACCCCCACUAUCGACGCAAUCUAUAUCAUGUACAACAAGUUGGGUGCAGAGUUGGAUUACAAAGUCUAGCUGGCUUGCGUAAAAAAGACACUCCUACUCUCUCAUUGCUUUCAGCUACAGCUCAGGACAUGGCCUCUUCUCUGUGAAUUUUCUCCUGGAAGCGUUCACUAGAUGCUUGGAAGGUCCAUAACCAAAGUUAAUUAAUGAAAACAUGUUUAACAAAGUAUAUACAGGGAGUUGGUGCACUAUUUUCCAUAUGUAACCUUUUAUUAUAACACAGGGGACUUCAGACAUACUUCUCCUCCCAACCCUUUCAUCUAUGGUUUUAAGAUGAUCAUUUUCUAACACUAGCUUCCUUCACCAUCUCCUCCAUAAGCUACAAAUCAACUCCCAGUGUUAUCUCAACAGAAAACUGCUUUUACUACAGUACAAACCUUAUUAAAGAGAAUUUCUAAUUGAAAACAAUUAAACUUUUAGUUUAAAUCGACUAAAAACAAUCCAGGUACAUGAAAACUAAAAAACUAAACUAAAUCUUAGUUGUCGUGUGCUUUGUUUUUUUUAAGAAGGCAGCCUGUACCUUGCCAGCAUGCUGUAGAGCAAUGACACUUGCUCUUUGCAAAAGCAAUGGUCUCUCUGCAGAGGUCUGAUGUCCCCCCCCCCCCCUCCCUUUCCACUGGCAAGAAGCUUGAGCUAUGAUAACUGGAGAGCUCUAGUUGUUACCCAGGAGGGGGGUGUCAGAUCACUGGAGAAAGACCAUGGCUUUCCCACAGAACGCAAGGGUCCUACUGUGCAGCAUACGGGCAGGGGACAGGCUAAGGCCAUGGCUGUUAUUUUUUAUUGUAAAUGAAAUUUAAGCCUUUUUGUUUUUUUUAUGCAACCAGAAUGUAUUUAACUACUUUUAACUUGGUUUAUGUGGGCUUUAAAGUCAAUGUAAACCCGAUUCAUGAAAUUUUGACCUCUUCACAUAUAUCCGUAGUGUUUGUUUAUCUCUCUCUCUCUCUCUCUCUCCAAUGCUCUGAGUCUCGUGUGUUUCUGUUGCUCCGUUCUUCUGUUAUUGGCAUGAUAAAUUCUGACAACCGAGAUGAUAAAACCAGCCUAAAAUUUG